CCGGACUCGGCCGGCAGUAUCAAGUGACUUCUUGCAACUUAUCCUUAUUUUGCUAAGUUUCGCCAUUGCAAUAGAUCUAAUCUUUCAAUCGCUUUGAAUGAUAAGGUUCUGUCUGAUCCCUGCAUACAGAGAUAGUACUUAAGACUCUUUGUGUCGUUUCUGUGUUGCAACUGGAUGCUGCCAUCAAGGUCCUUUUAAGGUUUUACAUCACGAUGGCGCUUGCCAACAUGGUCGAGCUGAUCAUGUUUAAGCACGUGAUAUUGUCUCUCUUUGGCGCGGGUCUAUUGCACCUGGUCGCAAAAUGUGUAUACCGUUUGUACUUUCACCCGCUCGCCAAGUACCCAGGGCCGAAAAUGGCUGCUCUGACAGACUUAUACUUUUAUUGGUCCCUAUCUACUGGCAAUCAUGUCUUCAAUAUGCAGGCGAACCACCGCAAGUACGGUGAUAUUUUCCGCUUGAAGCCUAACGCACUCUCGUUCAACUCGGUGCAAGCACACAUCGACGUUCACAGCCACCCUAAAUCAGGAUCUAACAAGUUUCUAAAGACUGAGUUCUAUGACAACGGCGAUGUCCCGCGCCUGAGUAGCGAGAGAGAUCCGGUCAAACACGGAGAAAUGCGGAGAAGCAUGGCACAUGGCUUUAGCAUGCAAGCCCUUCGUGGCCAGGAAGACGUCGUCCACCACUUUCUUGAUAUGCUGAUAAAGCAGAUUGCGAGACUUGGUGAGAAUGGAGCCAAAGCUCUUGAUGCUUCCAUGUUGCAUAAUUGGGUUACUUUUGAUAUUUUAGGGGACUUGGCAUUCGGAGAGACGUUUGGUUCCGUAAAAAGCGGCAAGACGCAUUGGUGGGUGUCUUUGCUCCUUGACUCGGUCUAUCUCGGCUUUCUCACGAGUCUGCGAAGAGAUCAGCCGUGGGUGACCAUUCUGCUCCCAUUUUUCCUACCCAAAGGUAUUGUCGAGAACAAAAAGAAGCACUUCGAGAUGACUCGCGCCAAGGCCCGCCGACGUCUGGAGCUGGGAGAUAUGGGUCGAGAUGACUUCUUCUCACACAUCAUACGCAGAGGCACCAUGUCGGAGGCAACGAUAUUGGCCAAUGCUCAUUCCCUAAUUGUGGCCGGUUCCGAGACUACAGCUACCGCUCUGACAGCCACGACCUAUUUCCUGCUCUCUAAGCCCGAGACUUACAAGCGCCUUGAAGCUGAGAUUCUUGGCUCAUUCAAAUCGGCUGAAGACAUCAAUUCGACGGCGACAUCGAAAUUGACCUAUCUCAACGCGGUGUUGAACGAGGGAUUACGUGUUUUCCCACCUACAGCACCAGGUCUCCCUCGGUACUCCCCAGGAGCCUAUGUCAAUGGAAAGUACAUACCGAAAGGUGUCGAGGUGCAGGUUGAUGCCUAUGCGCUUCAGCAUGAUCCGCGUUACUGGAAGAACCCGGAAUCUUUUAUUCCCGAGCGCUUUGUUGGUGAGGGUCUCGGCGAUAAUAUGAGAGCUUUUGUGCCCUUUUCCGUCGGCCCGAGGGCUUGCAUUGGUAGCAAUCUGGCCUUGAUUGAGUUGAGAGUGGUGCUGGCAAAGCUCAUGUGGCACUUCCGCUGGGAACUGAUCUCCAAGGAUCUUGGAGAUUGGAAUCACAAGUGCCAGAAUUACAUGUUAUGGACGAAGCCGCCCCUCAUGGUUAAGUUCCACCCUCGCCAGCCUGUGGAAGGUUGAGACUUAUAGAUCUUCCAGUCUGCAAGAAUUCUACUGUGGGAGGAAGUCGUAUCUGAUGAAGUAUCAGGCCUAUCAAAUAUGAAGCCGAGGAGGAUGGAUUCUAUAGUUCAGCAACACAAUACUGUGGUAGGUUUCGCAAAGUAGGAAGAAAACACUCG